AUGGCUGAUCUAGCAAAUGCGUAUGGCACAGUACCCCACCAGGUAAUAGAGUUUGCUCUGAAACACCACCAUGUACCAGAACAUAUUCAGAGCAUUGUCAGAAGCUACUACAGAAACAUCAACAUGCGCUUCACAACAAAGAACUUUACAACAUCCUGGAUACAGCUUCAGAAGGGGAUUGUAACCGGCUGCACAGUGUCAGUAGUACUGUUCAUCGCCGCUAUGAAUCUCAUCAUCAAAGCCGGAGACAGGGAGUCAAGGGGACCGAAGACCCAGACAGAUACCAGACUUCCACCACAGAGGGGAUUUAUGGAUGAUCUGACUAUCACAACAGAGUCCCACAUACAAGCUCGGUGGAUCCUAUCAGCCCUUGAAGAUGUUGUGUCAUGGGGCGAGGAUAUCCCAUCACUUAUUGACAACCCCGUCAAGUGCUUGGGUAAAUGGUUUGACACCACACUGGGUGAUAGCAGAAAUAACACAGAGCGCAUCAGGCAGCAACUGAGGAAUGGGCUUGCAAAGAUAGAGGGAACAGGCCUACCAGGGAAGUUCAAGGCAUGGCUUUUCCAGCAUGGCCUCCUGCCCCGUCUUCUGUGGCCACUAAUGUUGUAUGAGAUCCCAACAUCGACGGUUGAUAGCUUGGAAAGCAUGAUAAACAAGAGCCUGAGACGAUGGUUCGGACUUCCAUCAUGUAUGACAAGUAUUGGACUCUACAACAGAACCGGAAUGUUGCAGCUCCCUCUUUCAUCAAUUGUAGAGGAGUACACAGUUAGUAAGGCAAGGCUCGUGUUGACCCUACGAGACUCUAGUGACAUGAGCAUUAGAAAUGCAGGGAUAGAGGUCAGAACUGGAAGAAGAUGGUCAGCAUCGAAUGCAGUUGAGCAGGCAGAGAGUCGACUGAGACAUCAAGACAUAGUGGGAACAAGUUGUCAAGGUAGACAGGGACUCGGCUUGAACACUAGACAACCGUGGAGUUCAGCCACAACAGUCCAAAGAAGAGAACUUGUCCAGAGCGAAAUCCGAAAGGAAGAAGAAGAGAUAAGAAAGGUGAAAGCAGUCCAGAUGGGGAGCCAGGGAAGCUGGACAAAGUGGCAGACAACAGGGAGGAAACUGUCAUGGACAGAUAUCUGGAAGUACCAGUUUUUUCAACUGCAGUUCCUGAUCCGGGCAGUUUAUGAUGUCUUGCCAACACCGGCGAAUCUCCAGAGAUGGGGGCUGAUAGAAACAGCAGAAUGCACCCUAUGUGGAGGAAGAGCUACCCUGGACCACAUCUUGUCCUCGUGUAAGGAAGCACUUGCCCAGGGGAGAUACCGCUGGAGACAUGACCAGGUACUCCGAGAGGUAGCGGAUACACUUGAGAGACACAAGAAGAAGGCACGAGUACAUGCAGGGGCAAAGCACAUCAACUUUGUACCAGCAGGGACAGUAAUGAAGGGUACAAAGGGAGGACAUCCGAGUAUCCUAGACGGCACAAAUGACUGGGAACUACGGGCAGAUCUUAUGAAACAGCUGCAGUUUCCAGACAUUGUCCACACUACCCUACGCCCAGACAUUGUGAUGGUCUCCGGAAAGACAAAGAAGAUCAUCCUGGUAGAGCUGACUGUUCCGUGGGAAGAAAGAUGUACUCAGGCACAUGAGAGAAAGAAGGCCAAGUACGAAGAUCUCGUCCAGGAAUGUAGAGAGGCCGGGUGGAGAGCAUGGAACUACCCGAUUGAAGUGGGAUGA